AUGAUGUUUUGCAAAUUACUGACACCUUACUCGGUGCUAUCGAUUUUGAAUGCCGGCGUGCUCAAGGCGGCGACAGCGGCGCCAUCGCCCGGCAUCCAAAUGACGGAAAAUGGAGACGAAAAUCAUCAUGAGCACGUCAAGCGUGGCGGAACAUGCGAUUUUCCAAACUACGAUGGGAUGGUCGCAGUGCAGAAAGGCGGCAGCAAUGCCGGGUGGGCCAUGAGUCCCGACCAAGAGUGUUCGCACGGGACAUGGUGCCCCUACGCGUGCCAACCGGGCCAACUAAUGGGACAGUGGGACCCAUCGGCCACCACAUACGCUUACCCGAAGUGCCAAAACGGCGGACUAUACUGCGAUUCCAACGGGAACCUGCAAAAGCCCAACAGCGGCAACGACUACUGCUAUGACGGGAAGGGGACCGUGGUGGCGAAGAACACCGCCGGCGGCGGAGACGUGGCGUUUUGCCAGACCGUGCUGCCCGGCAACGAAGCCAUGCUGAUCCCGACGCUGGUGGGGUCCGGCUCACAGCAGACGCUGGCCGUGCCCGGGACGGACUACUGGGCCUCCACCGCAUCGCACUACUACAUAAACGCGCCCGGCGUGAGCGUGGCGGACGGGUGCCAGUGGGGGAGCUCUUCCAGCCCGCAGGGCAACUGGGCUCCGUACGUGGCGGGCGCCAAUAUGGACGAUAACCAAAACACGUUCGUCAAGAUCGGGUGGAACCCGGUGUACCUGGAGUCGUCGUGCCCCUUCAAGGACGUGAAGCCGUCGUUCGGAAUCAAGAUUACGUGCGACGACGAGUCGCAGUGCGAGGGGCUGCCCUGCUCGAUUGACCCGAGCUCCAACGGCGUCAACGAGGUGUCGAGCUCUGGCGGCGGCUCCUCCGGGGCUGGCGGCGGUAACUUCUGUGUCGUGACGGCCAAGAACGGCGCCAAGGCCAACAUUGAAGUGUUCGACAGCGGCUCGUCGUCGUCCAAGAAGAAGAGAGAGGUGGGCGCGCCCAACGUCAGCACCACAACGGUCACCCAGAUCGAGUACAGAACCGUUACGGUUAUUGCCUAG